UACUGAAUUUGAUUUCUCAGAAGUGAAUGAAAAAACAGAAUAAACACGAAGAGUAUUAAAAGAAUAAGUUGUAAGAAACUCAGAAAAGAGAAAUUUGCAGAUUAAUAUUCCUUUGUAAGCGUAACCUAUAAGAGUUACUAUGGAUUAUAAUUUAUUUGACUAAAUGAUUGAUAAUAUAACUAAUCUUUAAAAAUUGCAAUUAUAAAGUCUAAUGGAAUAAAUUUAGGUUUAUUUGUAAAAACUAUUAAAAGUAAUUCCAGCUUUAGGGCCUAAUAUAUAUAAUGGUCAAAGAUGUAAUAAUAUAAUGAUUCCUUAAAACUAUAAUAGAGAUGGUGAAAAAAAUUCUGAUAUCCAUAUUUGGGUUGUCUAUAAUAAUAGUCCAGAUUCUUCUAUUUUAGCUAAUGCUGUUCAUUGUUAAAUGGAUGCUGUUUUAAAAAGAGUUAAUUUUGGUAUAAUUUAGGUAAAUAUGGGAAGGAUAGGCUAAAUUCGUACUGAUUCUGGAUUAAAAAGUGAUUUUAAUGUUGUUUUGCAUGAAUGUUUGCAUAUUUUAGGAUUUUCAAGUGGUUUAUAUAAAUAUUGGGUAAAUCCUUAAACAGGCGAUUAUUAUGAUAAUUAAAUAAAUAAUUAUAUAAAAUCAGUUCCUAUAAGAGGUAAACAAACUAUUAUCAUGUCUACUCCAAAUGUACUUGCUACUGCUAGAAAAUAUUAUGGAUGUCCUACUUUAGAAGGAAUGUAAUUAGAAAACGAUGGAGAUAUUAAUUCAACUGGUUCUCAUUGGGAAAAAACAAUCCUCUUUAAUGAACUGAUGACUGCCGAUUCUUCUGGAAGGGAAUCUACAUUGUCUAUUUUUACUAUUGCUGUAUUAAAAGAUACUGGUUAUUAUGCUGAAGUAAAUGAAAGUAUGGUUGAUAAUAUAUAAUGGGGAAGAAAUAAAGGAUGUGAUUUUGUUCUUAAAGCUUGUUAAUCUGAUACUUAUUAUCCUGAGUUUAGCCGAACAGAAUAUUCUACUAAAUAAUGCUCUUCAAGAAAUGAUGGCUAUGGGGAAAUUGUUGAAAAUAGUUUUAUGGAUAAUUGCAAAAAAGUUAAUAAUUCAGUUUUUUGCGAAGAUUAUUCACAAAAAACUUAAUAUGAUUAGUAUACAUUGGAAUAUUAUGGCGUUAAUUCAAGAUGCUUAAUAUCUACUGCUAAUUAUGGAUAAGGUUAUAUAUACGAUAGAAAUAUUCGAUGUCAUCACGUUAAAUGUUCUCCUGAUUUUACUUACAUUACUAUAAAUUUUCCUGACUUAAAAUUUUAAAAUUUAGUAUGCAGAUAAUAAGACGAAGGAAAUUAAAUGUAAGUCGUUAAAGGAAAACCAGAAUUUGGUUACAUUACUUGUCCUGAUAAUUUAAGAGAAUUUUGUAGUUAUACUCCUGAAUGUCCUAAUUAUUGUUCUCGAAAGGGUAUUUGUAUAAAUGGAUAAUGUAAAUGCCUAUUAGGAUGGACUGGAUCUGAUUGUAAUAUUGAAUAAAGAUAGUGUAAAUAAUUUAUUUUAGAAGAAGAUUUCUAAAAAUGCGUUUAAUAAUGUCCCUAAGGUAAAUUUGCAAAUCCUGACAAAGUAUGUAGAGAAUAGUGUCCUAAUGGUUAUUACUAAGAUAAUUUAAAUAAAAUAUGUGCUUAAUGCGAUAUAUCGUGUAUAAAAUGUUCUGGUCCUACAAAGAAUGAUUGUUUAGAAUGCAGUUUUCUUACAUAUUUAGAAGAAAGAAAAUGUGUGAAAUAAUGUAGUAAUAAUUUCUAAUUAAUAAAUUAAAAAAAAUGUGAAAAAUCAAUCAGUUAAGGAUGUGGGUAAGAAUGUGAGAGAUGUGAUUCUGAUGUUCAUGAACAAUGUACUGAAUGUAAAAACUAGUUCUUCCUUAAUUUAAAAACUGGUAAAUGUGUUGCUGCUAAUUAGUGCCCAGAAGGAACAUUCGCUAAUUUAGAAAAUAAAACAUGUUAAAUAUGCGAAAUUACAGGAUGUAGAUAAUGUUAAUCAUAAACUGUAUGUACAGUGUGUGAUGAAUAUUUAUAAUAUGUUAAAAAAGGUGAUUAAUGUGCUAAAUGUCCUUUUUAUUGUAAAACAUGCUCAAAUGAUUUAAAAAUUUGUCUUUCUUGUAAAGAUGGAUUAUUCUUAUAAUAAGGAAAAUGUUUUUAUUAAUGUCCUGAAAAUUAUUAUGCGGAUAUUGAAAAAAGAGAAUGUGUUCCAAUUGUUAAAUGCUAAUUAGACGCUAUUUUCUAUUAUAAUAAUAAAUGUAUUAAUAAAUGUCCUUCAAAUACGAUGAUAGAAAUAGGUGUUUGCAUAAAAUGUAGAAAAGGUUGUCUUACGUGUAAUUAACUGAAUAAAUGUGAAAGAUGUGAUACUAACAACGGUUGGGAAUAUGAUAGUGAUAAUAAAUUUUGCAUUAAUAAUUAAUGCAAAGUUUUAAAUUGUGUAAAAUGUAAUACUAAUAAAUAAAAUGAAUGCUUACAAUGUGAUGAAGGAUACUUAUUGUAUAGGAAUAAGUGUGUAUAACAUUGUCCUGAUACCUAUUAUCCUGAUUAUACUAAAUAAGCAUGUAUUAAAUGCCGUAAAGGAUGUUAAAGUUGUUCUUCUUAAGAAUGUUAUAAUUGUGAUAAGGAAAAAGGAUAUUAUUAUUCAAAUGGAAAAUGUAAUAAAAAAACGAACGGUACUAUAGAUAAUGAAAACGAUAAAAAUGAUGAAGAUGAUGAAGAUAAUGAAUAUGAUAUAUAAAAUGAUUCAAAUAUUAGAGAUAGCAAUACAAAAGAUGGAAUAGAUAUAAUUUAAAAGAAAAGUAAUCAAAACAAAGGAGGUAUUACUAGUUUUUGCUAC